AUGGGGAAGUCAGGGCGGACGCUGUUGGUGGCGCUCCUUGCGCUGCUGGUGUCGCCGGAUGUGCUGGGCUUCAGCUUGAGCCCGGCGGGAGCGCGUAGAUCAAGGCAGCAGCACCAACGGGCACCUAGGGGGAAGAGGUCGUCAGCGGCGAGGACCUUGAACAUGGCGGCAGACCCGCGCUUCGACGGCCUCGUCGAUCGCGUGGAAACCGCGGCGAAGGCCCCAAGGGAAUCCAUCCCCGUUUUCAAGAGCCAGGAGGCGGACGCGCCCGCCACGAUCGCGGAGGUUAAGGAGCAGGUGGCCCCCGCAGCAACGAAGGUCGUCGCGGAGCAGCGACCGCCCUCAGCUUCGGCGGCGGGUAGCGGUCAGGCCUACGACAGCGCCGUGUCCGUCGGGUCGGUGGGGCUGCAGGUGGCGGAGGGCCUAGCGGUGCUGGCCGCCGUCCCUGCCAUCCUCACUGCUCUUAACAAGCAGAAGGCGACGCAGGAGCGUAAGGACAAGAACCAGGCAAGGGCCGACGAGCUCGCCAAGGGCCGUCAGGCCAGGGCAGACGCCAAGGCGGCCGCUCUCGCCCAGGCCGCCAUCGACCGCAAGGAAAAGCAGGAGGGCAUCGCCCAACGCAUCGAGGCAGCGCGCAUCGAAGAAGAGCGGCAGGAAUCGGUCAGGCAGAUGGUCAUGGAAGCCCAGGUGAAGAAGCAGGCUGAGGAGGCAGCCGCUGCUAAGAUUGCCGCCGAGGAAGCCGCUGCCGAGAAGGCGGCGUCGGAUGCUAGGAGGGAGGCUAGCAGGAAGGAGCGCGAGAUCAGGAUGGCGGCAAAGGCCGCUGAGGAAGCCAAGGCUGCGGAAGAAGCCAAGGCGAAGCAGGAAGCCGCGGCCGCUAAGGCUGCUGAGAAAGCUAAGGCUGCGGAGGAAGCCAAGGCUGCUGAAGAAGCCGAAGCUAAGGCUGCCGAAGAAGCCAAGGCUGCGGAGGAAGCCAAGGCUGCGGAGGAAGCCAAGGCUGCUGAAGAAGCCAAGGCCGCCGAGGAAGCCAAGGCCGCCGAGGAAGCAAAGGGUGCUGAAGAAGCUGAAGCCAAGGCUGCUGAAGACGCCAAGGCUGCUGAGGAAGCCGAGGCCGCCGCGGAAGCCAAGGCUAUCUCUAUUCAGAUAGCCCAGACUGAGAAAGCCAAGGCCGCCAAGGCUGCGGAAGAAAAAGCUGCCGAAGAAGCUAAGGAAGCUGAAGCCAAGGCUAUCUCUCGUCAGUUAGCCCAGGCUGAGGAAGCCAAGGCCGCCAAGGCUGCGCAAGCCAAGGCUGAGGAAGAGGCUAAGGAAGCUGAAGCCAAGGCUAUCUCUCGUCAGUUAGCCCAGGCUGAGGAAGCCAAGGCCGCCAAGGCUGCGCAAGCCAAGGCUGAGGAAGAAGCUAAGGAAGCUGAAGCCAAGGCUAUCUCUCGUCAGUUAGCCCAGGCUGAGGAAGCCAAGGCCGCCAAGGCUGCGCAAGCCAAGGCUGAGGAAGAAGCUAAGGAAGCUGAAGCCAAGGCUAUCUCUCGUCAGUUAGCUCAGGCUGAGGAAGCCAAGGCCGCCAAGGCUGCGCAAGCCAAGGCUGAGGAAGAAGCUAAGGAAGCUGAAGCCAAGGCUAUCUCUCGUCAGUUAGCUCAGGCUGAGGAAGCCAAGGCCGCCGAAGAAACCAAGGUCGCUGCGGAAGCAAAGGCUGCUGCGGACGCGAAGGCUGCUGAGGAAGCCAAGGCCGCUGCGGAAGCAAAGGCUGCUGCGGACGCUAAGGCUGCCGAAGAAGCUAAGGCUGCGGCGGAGCUGAAGGCGAAGCAGGAGGCCCAGGAGAAGGAGACUAAGAUCGCUGCCGAGGCCGUGGCCGCCAAGGUCGAGAACGAACAGGAAGCGCCGGAGGAUGACGGGCAGAAGCUCAGGCGCGAGAAGGCCCUUCGUCUUGCCAAAGCAGCACCGGCGCUGGCCCAGGCGAAGCGGAACAACGUGGCGAAGCAGAGGAUAUUGGGGUUGCUCAACAAGAUGGACAGCGAGACCCUCGCGGCGUUCGGCAGCGAGGUCGGGGUUGAGAAUGGGCCGGCAGAAUUCACCGCGCUCCGGACGACCAUCAUCAAGAAGCUCGAGGAGAGGGAGGGGGCUUGGGCCGAGAUCGCGCCCGACGUGGCCACCAUCGCGAGCAAGUUCGCGAAGCCAGCGUAA